GACAAGUAAUCUCUCUCCAAGAUUUCUUCACCAAAAUUGCGACUCUUAAAUCUUUUGAUACGUUGCUAAUUAUGUUUGUUUUUUCUCAAUUCCUAUCAUUGCAGAUCAAAUAUACCUCACUGAUUUAAGCUUUGAUUCCAAAAAAAAGGGAAAUGAAUUCUAACAACUGGCUUGCUUUUCCUCUAUCACCAACUCACUCUUCUUUGCCUCCUCACAUUCACUCUUCACAAACUUCUCAUUUCAAUCUAGGUUUGGUCAACGACAAUAUCGACAACCCUUUUCAAAACCAAGAAUGGAAUAUGAUCAAUCCACACGGUGGAGGCGGCGAAGGUGGAGAGGUUCCAAAAGUGGCUGAUUUCUUAGGAGUGAGCAAAUCGGGGGAUCAUCAUCCCGAUCACAACCUUGUACCUUACAACGACAUUCAUCAAACCAACGACUCAGACUACUACUUCCAAACCAAUAGCUUGUUACCUACAGUCGUCACUUGUGCCUCUAAUACUCCUAAUAACUAUGAGCUUCAAGAGAGUGCACACAAUUUGCAAUCUCUCACUCUUUCUAUGGGAAGUACUGGAGCUGCCGCUGCCGAAGCUGCCACUGUGAAAGCCUCGCCAGCUGAGACUAGCGCCGAUAAUAGUAGCAGCACUACCAACACAAGUGGAGGAGCCAUCGUUGAGGCUACACCGAGACGGACUUUGGAAACUUUUGGACAAAGAACCUCUAUCUAUCGUGGAGUUACAAGACAUAGAUGGACCGGUAGAUAUGAAGCUCAUCUUUGGGAUAAUAGCUGUAGAAGAGAAGGACAAUCAAGGAAAGGAAGACAAGGUGGGUAUGACAAAGAAGAGAAAGCAGCCAGAGCAUAUGAUCUAGCUGCACUUAAAUAUUGGGGUCCCUCUACUACUACCAACUUUCCGAUAACUAACUACGAGAAGGAAGUAGAGGAGAUGAAAAACAUGACGAGACAAGAGUUUGUUGCUUCUAUAAGAAGGAAAAGUAGCGGAUUCUCGCGUGGUGCAUCGAUGUAUCGUGGAGUAACAAGGCAUCAUCAACAUGGAAGAUGGCAAGCAAGGAUAGGCCGAGUUGCUGGAAACAAAGAUCUAUACUUGGGAACAUUCAGCACGGAGGAAGAAGCAGCAGAAGCUUAUGACAUAGCUGCGAUAAAGUUUCGAGGUCUAAACGCGGUUACAAACUUUGAGAUAAAUCGGUAUGACGUGAAAGCCAUCCUAGAGAGCAACACACUUCCUAUAGGAGGUGGUGCGGCUAAACGGCUCAAAGAAGCUCAAGCUCUAGAAUCAUCGAGAAAACGCGAGGAAAUGAUAGCCCUCGGAUCAAAUUUUCAUCAGUAUGGUGCAGCAAGCGGCUCGAGCUCUGUUGCUUCCAGCUCUAGGCUUCAGCUUCAACCUUAUCCACUAAGCAUUCAACAACCUUUUGAGCAUCUUCAUCAUCAUCAGCCUUUACUUACUCUACAGAACAACAACGAUAUCUCUCAGUAUCAUGAUUCCUAUAGUUACAUUCAGACGCAGCUUCAUCUUCACCAACAACAAACCAACAAUUACUUGCAGUCUUCUAGUCAUAGCUCGCAGCUCUAUAAUGCUUAUCUUCAGAGUAACCCUGGUUUGCUUCAUGGCUUUAUCUCUGAUAACAACAACACUUCAGGGUUUCUUGGAAACAAUGGGAUUGGUAUUGGGUCAACCUCGACCGUUGGAUCAUCGGCUGAGGAAGAGUUUCCGGCUGUGAAAGUCGAUUACGAUAUGCCUCCUUCCGGUGGAGCUACAGGGUACGGAGGAUGGAAUACCGGAGAAUCUGUUCAAGGAACGAAUCCAGGAGGUGUUUUCACGAUGUGGAAUGAAUAAAAGAUGAUAUUUCUGUGUUUCUUGCGAGGCAAGGUAGGGUAUGGAAUAAUUAGCUACUUUAAUU